AUGGCGAGCUCAUCCAGAACCAUAUCCCAAACAGUCUGGGAAGCGCAGAGAGAGACAAUUCUGCACCUACGAUUCACUGAAGGCCUUCCUCUAUCGAACAAUAAGAAUGGCGGUGGGACGGUGAUGCAAGUGAUGCGCGAUGGCCAUCAAUUUGAAGCAACUCAGUCACAAUAUGAGCAGCAAUUGAAAAGAUGGGGCGCUGCGAAACAUAUGAAGCAGAGUGAUUGGAAAUCAAUCCUCCCCAUCUACAAUCAUCUAAAGCAACAGCAUCUCAGUCCUCGAAUCAGGCUUGGAGAGACUGUCCUGGACGAAAGAAGGGUGAUUAAAGCGCAACGACGCUACUUUGGACAAUCGGAGCCAAUGCCAAUCGCUUCUAUAACGCCUAGAAUGUCUCUUGCACAGAACAACCUUCUCAAGCUAGAUGUUCGCCAACACAGUGGCGAGUAUGUUCAGUAUUCGGAGUUUGAUGCCACAUCCAAUGCUGAAGAGAUCCCAAGCUCGGCAGCUCCAAUACAGCCAGCUACCGCUUACCCCAACCACCAGGGUCAAGCCAUACAAGGCGGCCAGACACUGGCAUCAGGCAGCCGUUUCAACCUUGCCACCAUUGUCCCUGAGUCCGAUACAACGAACAAUCAUCUGCAAUUAGAGGUUCACCAGCUCAUUGGCGAGGGUCUGGAGUACUCGGAGUUCGAUGAGAUGUUCAAUGCUGAGGCGACUUUGAGUUUGACAGGUCCAGUACAACCGACGAGCAUUAACCGUAACGCCCAGUUUCAAGCGCUGCAAGACGAUCCGACAUUAGCAUCGGGCAACCUUUUUAGCCUUGCCACACUCAGCCCUGGGUUCGAUGCAUUUCGACCUAAUAUAUCACCCCUAGAGAUUGACCGUGGCGACGAGGGCAUUUAUUUCAGCCCUGUUAUUCAACAGCCGUGGUGGGCCAAUGAUCCGGGUAGUUUGCUCGAAAUAUUUGCCCUGGCACCCCCGACACGAAGCGUAACACAUGUCAACGAGCGAACUAGAAGCCCGGACCUAACUAGGCCCAGGAGAUUACUUUUUAAGCCCUACGUUGAUUCGAUAUUUGAUAGAAUCAUCUUAGAUAUUGACCAAAGUGAAAACGAUCUUGGGGACAUCACUGCUCAAAUGAUAGCGAUUACGUUAGAGAAUCUUUUGGCUGAGGACUCUAGUAACCCCUUUGGUUGCAUCUCAGACAUGAUGCCCCAUAGAUCUCAAGGUGUCUCUCAACUCCCCCGAAUCAUUACAUCAUGUUUCGUCAACAAUCUUGCUGGCCUCGACGAGUUUCCGAUUUGUCUUCUUUUUAGGCUACUCAAGGCCGAUGAGAAUGUGAGGGAAAGCCUCCUGGUAGGCCUCAGGUCAAAUAAUGUUGGCUUUGCAACAGCACUCGCCGAUUGUGCCUUUCGUUCUGCGCUUCGUGCAGGCGACGAAGACAUCGUAGCUAUUAUCCUGGAAACGACAAAGGGGAACAUAAACAAAAUCGACCUAAAUUCUACCGUCUAUGACUUCUAUUGCGAGAAGUGCACUCCUCUUGGAUUAGCAGCCAGAAUGUGCCACCCAGGGCUGGUUCGAAAGUUGGUGAGCUUCGGCGCUAAGAUUGACGUCGGUGAACUCAAUGCGGUUAUUGAAAGCUGGCACCUAUCCUAUGAUGUACGCCGAAGUGAGAAAAAGGACGCGAUAUAUCAGAUCAUUGAACUUUUCCUAGUAAAUGGUGCGAGUCCAGAUCUUGAAACGCUGAGAACAGUUUUACAACGCGAUCUUGCCACCGGCAGCAUGCUCGAAUCAUUGAUCCAUACCGUAUUCAAAAAAUCACAUUGGGAACUGUUGGAAUUGAGGGAGCUGGGAGCUGGGUAUUUCGCCACGCUGAUCAGGGAAAAUGCUUGGGCUGAGUCGCUUUUCUUCGAUCUCUUGAAAACCUGCCAAUCGAUGGGCUGCUCAGACACUUGCAAGAGCACAUAUUCUCGUACAUUCGACAAAAUUCUAAUACCCGCCAUUACAAACGGCAAUUUUGAACUUGCGAGUUCCCUCUUAGACCACCUUCAUCCAACAGUCGGGUCGCUUACCGCAGCUAUUCGCGCCAAAAAUUUUGUAAUGAUUCAGGCGUUUUUGAGUAAAAGCAUCGACUUCGGUGGCUGUGCGAGAUGUUCUGAGGACUUAACUUCUGACUAUCACUGCCAUGGCUGUGUGCACCGGAUGGACGACACAGAAGGACACUGCCGGCCAGCCACCCCGUUAGCCGAAGCGAUCCUAUGGCGGAACCAACACCUCAUCAGCAUACUUGAAGAAUGCGGAGCGCUGGAUAGAGUACGAGAUGGGAAAUCGGGCCACUUAGCAGCUGCUCUUGUGGCUGCUGUCAGAGUAGGGGAUGUUCCGCGCCUGAAAAAUCUUCUUCGUCAACGCGGUACUCGUUACCUUUCUGAUCUUGAAGCCCCGAUUGAGGAGGCCAUAUGCGCAGGAAAUCUUGAGAUGACCAAGAUCUUGUUCAUGAGCCAUAAGCGUAUUCCUUAUAGAGAAAAGCAUAAAAACUUAUGGCUAGCUCUGAAGAGGCGUGCUUACGAAAUAGUCUUCUUCCUUCUCGAGUGUGGAUCUGUGGAUCUGUGGGCGAGAAAUCAAGCUGUUCUAGAAGCUGUGAGAUGGGGAGACAGGGCAGUCAUCGAAUGCAUGUAUAACUGGGGCUUCUUCAAACCAGAAAGCUUACGACCGUUCAAUCCGAGCGAUGAAAGAGUGGACUUUUACUCGCGGAAUAGAAGAGUGCCCUCGGUGUCAGCUCUUGGUGAAGCCAUGGCGGCUCGUAAUGUAGAGCUAGUGAACCGGCUGUUGGACUGGGGAGCAGAUCCGUCUGAGCACAUUCCCUUCGCCGUCGGAAUUGGAGACGAGAACAUGGUGCGGCUUUUACUAGACCAAGGCGGAAAGCCCUCGGGGGUUGAAAAAACAAUUUCAAACGGACAACAUAGCAUCUUGAAACUGUUGCUUGACCGCGGGGUUGCCCCCGUAGGACUCAAACAGACGGUCGAGUGUGCACAACAUGAUAUGAUGUGUUUGCUACUUCGGUAUGGCGCUGAUCCCGCGGACGAGGGCGCAUUUUGUGCUGCACUACUUUGUGACGUUGCGACGUUUUUAAGUACGCUUUCCGAAGCUUUUGCAUCACGAUAUCCGAAUGGAAAAAGAGGUUUCGGUUUCCGAGCCCUCGUAACGGCUAUGAUUUGCUGCGACACGUUUGUAUUCAAACGCUUACUACUCCUUAACUUCGAUGUGAACAGUAACAACACCGAAGAAGACCACAGCAAACAUUUUCCGGACGCAAAUAUUCUGCAAUUUGCCAUUGGACUACAUAAUUUUCAGAACAUUUGUUUCGGAUGUUUUAACGAAUGGCACCCAGAAGGCUGCAAAUGUUCUUCGGCGAGGCGAACUGAUUCAGAGCGGGAGGAUAUCAUAACGUUGCUGCUUGAGGCUGGUGCUGGCCCCGAGAAUGUCAGCAAAGGCUCGACAGCGCUUCUUUGUGCUAUCACAACGGGAAGAAUGCAGACCGUGAGGCUGUUAUUGGAUAGGGGUGUUAAUGUCAACCGACCGGCAGAGCAAGGGCUUACAAGAACGCCUUUACAGCAGGCUUGCGAGGAGGGUGAUUUUGAGAUCAUUAAGUUUCUCCUCGACAAGGGCGCAGAUGUCAAUGCCCUUCCAGCAUUUAGAGGCGGCGCUACAGCUCUUCAACUUGCCGCUAUCAAGGGUAGCCAGAGAAUAGUCAGAUUACUGCUCGACGGAGGGGCUGAUAUUCAUGGGCCGAAGGCUGCUUUCUUUGGGCGAACGGCCCUCGAAGGAGCAGCCGAACACGGAAGAUUGAGUAUUAUUAACACACUACUCACCGAGGGGGCAUCGGGUUUUGGUGAAGAUGAGAUUAAAAGUGCAACGGAGCGUGCUAGGCGCCAAGGACAUCGAGGAUGUGUAAAAAGGCUGCAACUGGCGCUCGAUCGACUACGCAACAACAACGAGGCCCUUCUAUUGCUGCGCCUUUGA